ACUUACUGCGUGUUCUAGGUCCAAAUUUAAAUAAAACCUUAAUUUUUAAUCUUUUCCAAGUUAAAUAUCCCUAUUCUAUUUGAAAGAGUGCUGACAUUGCUUAAAGGCGCCAGUAUGUUAUUACUUUAUUAACAGAACUGAUGAUACCGCUUUGAUUUCCUUUGGAUAUUAAAUAUUAUCCUUACAUCCCAAACAGGAAAGGAGUAACAGAAAUUACUCCUCCCCCUUCCCCCAGUCAAAGUCACGUGUUCAGAAGACCUGCCACCCACCCUGGGCUAAAGAAUUCAAACGGAAGACUUCUCAGUUUAAAGAUGACAAGAACAAAACACAGACUUUUUGGUGGGUCUGACGACGUUUACUCCAGAUGUAAUAUUUAGCACUGUAGGGUCAUUUACUAAGUCUACAAGUCCGAAGAAAAUUACUUGAUACAAAAAUAUGAACCCUGUCUACUACGGCAGCCACAAACCACAUGUGGUUAUUUAAAUUUAACUUAACUUAAAAAUUAAAUAAAAUUUAACAUUUGCUUUUUCAGUUGCACGAGCCGUAAGUCAAAUGCUCAAUGGCCACGUGUGGAUAGUGGCUACCCUACUUAACAGCAAAGAUACAGAAUAUGACCAUUGUGGCAAAAAGUUCUAUGGGACAGGGUAACAAUCAGUACUGAGGUGAAGUCAUCCCAGAACUCGGUCGCCACUGCCGCCGCUAGCACAGCAGCGUCGGGCGAGGCGUCGACGCAGCUCCUGGGCCGCCUGUCCCGUCCGAGGCGCCGGGAUAUCCGCGAGGACACGGAGCCCACGCGCUGCGGCACCCUUCACCAACGGGCGUUAACUAACCGCGCGGGCGGCACUACUAGAGCUCCCAACGAUGACUCGAGUGGGGAGCCCCGGAGGCAGCGCGUCUGCUGGCGCGCUGGGCGGGGAGGGCCCAGAUGCGCCGGCGCCAGUCGGUCAAAGGCGCUGGCCUCCGACCUCACUGCAAGCUGAGCAGGCGGCGGGAGGAGGAAUAACGGAGAGAGGCCCGGCGCCGGUUCGCCCUGGCCUCAGCCUUCAGCCGCCCCUCGGCGGGUGGCGGAGUGCGCUGAAACUGUGUAAGAGCUGCCAAGGGCGCCGGGACCUCGCGGGCAUUGACGAAGGCGGAGCCCCGGCCGGGCUAGGGAGGCGCGCGGAGAGCCCACCCCCUCCCCGGCCCGCCGGGGUAAACAAGGCCUAGACUCGCACCGCGCACUUACCGGGAGCCGUGGCCCCGCGGCCGCUGAGCCCGGGGGGGCCAGACCGGGUCGGGCCGGGCCAGAAGAACCGGGUCUAGGCGCGGCGGCGGCAGAGGCGGCGGGCCAACGCCGGUCAAGCCCGCGCUGCUUCCUCCGGCGAAGCCCUCUCAGCAGCUCCGGAAGUGCUCAGAGCAGUUCCGUCACUUCCGGCCCGGGGUCGACCCGCGGUCGCCGGGGUCGCGGCAGGCGCUGGGCAGUACGCCGCCCGCCGGGAUACUUUAAACCAGGGUUCUUCUGUCGGACUCCUCACUUCUCUGACUGUUGUUUCCCGGCCGCUAUGUAGUCGAAGAAGAGCUAGGUCUUCGGGUCAGCGCGCAGGGCCGGGAAUUUCUGCGUACGUUCUGAGACCGUCGCCUGGUGGCCCGAUUCACAGGACCACGCCAGGCUUCCGCUUCCCUCUCCGCGGCCUAGUUCGCUGCCUAAUUCUUUGGCUUCCCGUUCACCCAAGAUUGAAUCUUAACUGCCUUGUUGCACAGUUUCUUCAAACAGUAUAGGAAGUGCCAUUAUGACUUUCAGUACCUUCUAGGGCUUUUGUCAAGUAUUAUGGAUAGAUAGAGCCGUGAAGUCCCACUCAAGUUGCUGCUGCACAACGUGGAAACGCCUGUGUGAAGCCAGUGAUGUUAGGGAGCCUCCUCGCUGUGCAAGUCCGUAGAUAACCCAAACCAUUUCCACCCAUACAUGAGUCAUGUAUACACUGAUAUUCAAAAUAUUCAAGAUAUCGAUGUGUAAUGGGCUCUCUUAUUUUUAGUUCUUGCUUCUUGCAUGUAUUCGUGUAUUUCUUAUACAUGAUUUUCAGCUUCCUGUUUAAUUUAGAGCCUGUACCCGAGUCAGGUGCAUUCAAAUACUAGAAAGCCCCACAUUACUUUGGAGUGAAAAUUAGUAGUAAUGAGUAACAUAUUGUAGGGUUGUGAAUUUUAUGCAUUAACAAUGUAAAAGUCUAUCUAUAAUCCAAUGUACUUAUUUGUUAUGACAAAACAUAUAAUCCCUUUACAUCAUGACACUAGCGAAGGACCCAAAAUAUAUUUUCUGCUAAUGAAAUCUCUUUAAUUAGAAGCCUUCACUUUGGGUCACUGGUAAUAAAUCCUCUCCAGUGAAUAAAAGGGAACAAUCAGUUCUGUAUAAUUGUUGCACUUGCAAAAUAGAGAAUGAGGUCAUUCACAUCAAGUACACAGGUGUAUGUACAAUAUAUUGGAAUCCAGUGUACAAUCCUUAUUUGUUCUCCUGUCUUGCCCCUCUUAAAGCUGAGUUUCUUAAGGGCACAGGUCCAACCUUGUUUUCAAUAUUACUCUAUUAAAUAGGCAUUUAUUGGGCUGAUGCUAAUACCAUUAUUCUUAACUACUGACAAUUUCUCCCCAGGAAAUAAAGAUUUAAAAAUUAGGCCAGGGGCUUCCUUGGUGGCACAGUGGUUGAGACUCCACCUGCCGAUGCAGGGGACACGGGUUCGUGCCCUGUUCCAGGAAGAUCCCACAUGCCGCGGAGCGGCUAGGCCGGCGAGCCAUGGCCGCUGAGCCUGCGCGUCUGGAACCUGUGCUCCGCAGUGGGAGAGGCCACGGCAGUGAGAGGCCCGCGUACCACAAAAAAAUAAAAAAAUUAAAAAAAAAAAUUAGGCCAAAACAUUUAAAGGUACAGAUAAAAUUAUGUGCACAUAUAUGUGCUUUAGAAUGGUGAUUCUAUAGGAAAAAGUUUGCAGCAUCCCAUAUGUCCAAAAGUAAAGGUUUGUUAAAUUAUGGUAAAAUACACAAGAAAGAAAACCAUUAACAAUUAGGCUGUACUGAGGCAUCUAUUAACAAGGAAAGGUAUCUGUGAUAUGAAUAGGAUAUGAAAUGAUGUGUGUAGUAUUCUGUUUUCAAAAUAAAUUUGCGGGGCUUCCCUGGUGGAGCAGUGGUUGGGAGCCUGCCUGCCAAUGCAGGGGACAUGGGUUCGUGCCCCGGUCCGGGAAGAUCCCACAUGCUGUGGAGCGGCUGGGCCCGUGAGCCAUGGCUGCUGAGCCUGCGCGUCUGGAGCCUGUGCUCCGCAACGGGAGAGGCCACGACAGUGAGAGGCCCACAUACUGCAAAAAAUAAAUUUGCACAUAAGAUAUAUAAAUAUAAAAUAUAAUGUCUCUCUUGGUUUCUGUGGCACAGGAAUCUGGACAGGCUACAGUGGGAAUGAUUUAUUUUAGCCCUUUGAUGUCUGGGGCCUCAGCUAGAAGACUAAAAUUUCUUAGCCAAUAUCAUACAAUUUUUCUUUUGUAUAAACCUUAGAUUCAGAAUGAUGUGUUUGCACUUUUGAAAAUUCACUGGAGAGCACUGAAUUUCUAAGAAUAACAAGGGUCGUACUGAUAUCCUCAAUAUUGAGUCUUUGCAUCCAAGGAAUAUAGUAUUUCUUUACAGUUUUUCUUUUAUGUAUUUGAAUUGUUACAGUUUUAUUCACAUGGAUCUUUGGUUUGGUCUUGCAUACAUUGUGGGUUUUGCUAUUAUUCUGAAUAGGAUUCUUUCUUCAUGUUUUCUAAUUGGUUAUUGUUAACGUAUCAAAACGUUAUUGCUUUCCAACAUUGUUCUUGUGUCUGUCUCCUUACUUAGCUUGCUUAUUAGUUUUAGUGGAUUUUCAACUGAUUCUCUUCAAUUUUCAAAGUGAGCAUUUGGAUCAUUUGAAAAUAGGGAUAUUUCGGACUCUCAAUUUUUAAUUUUUUAAUUUAUUUUCUUCCUUUUCUUUUCUCCCUCUUUUUUCACCUCCCUCUUUAAUCCCCUCCCUCUUUUCUCCUUUCUUUCCUCCUUGCUUUUCUACUUCCUUCCCUCCCUCCCUUACUAUUGGUAUUUUUGCAUUAGCUACCAUGUCCAGUAAAACGUUAAGCAGUAAUCAUGAUUAAAAAACAUCUUUACCUUUGUUCCUGUCAUGAAUAGGAAAGUUUCUAAUAUUUCACCAUUAAAUAAUUUUGUUAAGAAAAAUAUGGUAGUUACUAGUUUGCUUUAAAAAAAGAAGGUAGUUACUUUUUGUCUAUUACAAGGGUGUUUACUUCAAAUCUUUUUUUCUUUUUUUAGGUGAAGGAAAACGAAGAGAAUUUACUGCCUUUAAAAUAAAUGCUAAUUUUUUUUUCAAGUAAAAGGAAAAUGAUAACAGUGUGAAAUCUGGAACUUUACAAAUUAAGGAAGAGAAAUUGGAAUGAUAAAUAUCUGCGUUAGUUUCCUAGGACGGCCAUAACAAAUUACUAUAAACCUAGUAGCUUAAAACAACAGAACUUUAUUCCCUCAUAGACUCAGCUUCUGGUUGCUGUAAACCUAAGAAUUUGUCCAUUUCUUCCAGGUUGUCCAUUUUAUUGGCAUAUAGUUACUUGUAGUAAUCUCUCAUGAUCCUUUGUAUUUCUGCAGUGUCACUUGUUACGUCUCCUUUUUCAUUUCUAAUUCUGUUGAUCUGAGUCUUCUCCUUUUUUUUCUUGAUGAGUCUGGCUAAUGGUUUAUCAAUUUUGUUUAUCAUCUCAAAGAACCAGCUUUUAGUUUUAUUGAUCUUUGCUAUUGUUUCCUUCAUUUCUUUUUCAUUUAUUUCUGAUCUCAUCUUUAUGAUUUCUUUCCUUCUGCUA